GUUGAGUGCUUCUUAUAUUCUAAGGAAUACGGUAAUCCUUCUUUACAGCAGACAGGGACAUGUAAUCCGAGUAGUGCCUGGAGAGGCAUACACUGGAAGCAGCAGAGCAUUGUGGGAAUGCUGUUGCAGGAAAUCCAUGCAGUGAAUGUGUUUAGAUGUUGGUCUCUAACUGUUUCUAACUUUAUAUCCUCAUGGAAUAUUUAAUUCUACUUCCCAAUUGAUCACAUUCCUCCUGGAUGCUGGGAGAGAGAAUCUGGGGGCAACUUUUAAAUAAGUUAGGAUUUUCAGAUGUGAUUUCCAUUCAUCGUUGUUGUAAAAAGAUUCCUGAGGAUGAUGAUGAAGCUGAGGAUGCGGCGUGUAUCCUGUGCCGUCCUCAUCCUGCUGCUGCUUCUACUAGGUACCCUUGCGGCCCUGUUGCCAGCUGCUUAUGAUGAAGGUGUCCUGGGUGUCCGUAGGGCAGCGCCAUACUCUGACCUGUCCAAUGAAGAUUCCUUUACUCUCAUCAUGCAGACUUACAAUAGGACGGAUCUCCUGCUUAAGAUGCUGAACCACUACCAGGCUGUUCCACGGGUCAGCUGCAUUGUAGUGGUUUGGAAUAACGUGGGGCAGGACCCUCCCCAAGAGUUGUGGGAGAGUCUGGGGCCUCAUCCUGUGCCUGUCUUUUUUAAGAAACAGACUGCGAACCUCAUGAGGAACAGAUUACAGAAAUUUCCAGAGAUAAAAACUCAAGCUGUGCUAAUGAUGGAUGACGACACGCUUGUUAGUGCUUACGACGUUUCCUUCGCCUUUUCAGUCUGGCAGCAAUUCCCUGAUCAAAUUGUGGGUUUCGUGCCAAGGAAACAUGUCUCAUCCUCAUCUGGGAUAUACAGCUAUGGCAGCUAUGAGUUGCUGGCUUCAGAAACUGGACAUGGGGACUUCUACUCCAUGAUACUUAUUGGGGCUGCCUUUUUCCACCGUCGUUACUUGCAGCUCUUUGAACAAUUGCCAACUCCAGUCCAUGACAUGAUAGACCAGACACAAAACUGUGAUGAUAUUACAAUGAAUUUCUUGGUUGCAAACCAUACUGGGAGACCAUCGGGUGUGCUGGUCAAACCUACAGACAUGAGGAACCUAGAAAAGGAGGCAGGGAGUGGGUACACGGGGAUGUGGCAUCGUGCUGAGCACCUUCUGCAGAGAUCUUACUGUCUUAACAAGCUGGCUCAAAUUUAUGGCAAAAUGCCCCUAAAAUAUACCUGCAUAAUGAUUACGCAAUUUGGCUUUCCUCACUAUGCUAAUCACAACUCUAAGACAUAGUAACGUAUGAAAGGAUACCAAUUAACACAAUAACCUUGGAGAACGACUUUAUU